UUGCCUGGCAUUUUUUUUUUUUUUGCUUCCUUUUUUGGUGUAUUCCCGGAGGGGUUGUGUGGAUGUUUCAAUUUUUUUGGUGUUUGAUACUACCAGGGGGGGCUGACUUGUCAAACUGAACUGCUUUGUUUCUCUCGCUUCCGGUGGAAUGGCCAGGCCGCGUAAUAGCGCAAAGAUUGGGGUGUCAGGCUGUCAGCUGGGGGUGGGAGAGUGAAAAUGGGCUGAAAUUUGUGGUCAAACGCUUGUUUUGGAGUCCAUUGAAUUUUUUUGAGAACUUGCCCUGGAUCAGAUCUAGGCGCCUGCCCGCUGGACGCUCUCCACUUGGGAGUUACUCACUCUAUCCGUACAGGACUAAGGCUUCGAGCCAUCGCGGGCACCCUUUUGCGGCAAGGUGCAAAUGCUUAACGCUCCUAGGCGUGCCCUAGCAUGUACGCCCCUUACGCCCCUUACGCCUCUUUUUUGGCUCUAUUCACUCUAGGUGCUCAUUCAGUGUCUACACGGUACUUGAAAGUCAAGGAAGUGAGUGACCAGUGGCUGUUCCGCAGGUUCCGCAUAAUUGGCUUUCACUUGGCAACGGCUGUGCCGGUACGGUCCCAUUACCCAUUAGCAUCUUUCGGCAUUGUCAUCGUGGAGUUGCAUAGAGCAUGCAGUGAGUGUCGGGGCCGGGAGCGGUCCUUGUGAUAAAGACUGGACUUCUUUCCGUCCUGCUCAGGGUCCUCAUAAUAUCGAGCAGAUAGUAUCAUGUAAACAAGGGGCCGAAGACGGA